AUGUUUAUUUCGGCGGGAGAUGUAGUUCCAUCUUUUAAAGGCUUUACGUUGAUAAUGCCUGCAGUAUCUGUUGGAAACGUGGGACAGCUCGCCGUGGAUCUCCUCAUCUCUACGUUAAAUAUGCCCAGAGUGGGAUACUUCCACACGGACUGUCUGAUUCCCAUGGUUGGAAACAACCCGUAUGUCACAUCCACUGAGGAUGCUGCCCGGCUCAGCAUCAGCGCAGAGGUUUACUCUCACAGUGACUUAAAGCUGGCUGUCCUGCAGAUAAGAACACCCAUCAUCCAGACAAAGGUCAGAUCAUUCCGAAAGCUGAUAGUUUCCUGGAUCAAGAGUAGUGGAUUCCUCAGAAGUGUGCUGCUGUCCAGCAGUUACGCUUAUCAGAGAGACGACCAACAGCUUCAUGGCACUCCUCUGCGGUACCUGCUGAGCCCGUCUCUGCUGAAGGAGGAGGGCCCGCGGGUGGAGGAGCUGGGCUGGAGGGAGAUGGAGAGAAUCAGUGUGUUCCCUGAGAUCUCCGACUCAGAGCAGCGGCUCUACAUUCCUGGAGGAGGAGUGACCAAAGCCCUUUACACAGACUGCUGCGCAGAGGACAUCCCUAUGGCAGUAGUUCUGAUCUUCUGCUCAGAGGGGGACAACAUCCCGGAUGCUUUUGCUCUCAUCAACCAUCUUAAUGACUGGCUCCAUCUGCUGGAAAAACCUACGCAGGGCUCAGUGCAGUGGCGGGUUCCUCCCUCAUGGAAGCUGCUGUUCGGCAGCGGGAUCCCGCCUCUUCUCUUCUGAAGCGUGGCUGAAACAUCACGCUUGCGCCUGGACAUGCUUUAUCAACUCUGCUGAAAUGGAGGUGUUUAUAACAUGGAUAACAACUGUCAACGUGCACAAAGCGUUCAAUACACAUUUUGCUUGUAAAUAAGUGAAAUAGAACACAAAUAAAAAGCCGUAACAUUAUUUUUGCCAAAUUGUGUGUCCCGUGCUGUUUUUUCUCUUUCUUAUAUUGCUAGUCACACUGAUACUUUUUCAUCUCCCCACCCAUCAGUUGAUGACAGAAUAGGUUUGGCUCUCUUCCACGAGUUUCCCAGCAGUGUUGCAGUUCUUGUAAUGUGACGCAGCUGUGAGCAGUUAUGUGUGACAUUCUGGGAAGAAAGUGAAAACAUUUAAAAGCCCCAAUGCUUUCAUUGUUGAUGUACCAAGAAUUACCAUGCUAAAAGUGUCAGGUCAUGUCCCAUUCAUUGCUGUCUUAGUGACACUUCGGAUGAGUUGAGUCCCUCUGUUUUCUUUUUCUUUCUUUUUUAUUUUUUUCUUUUAGUGUUUUGAGCUCCUUCAGUCUAUUUGUUCUCCCUUGUCAUGCGAACAGUGUAGAGAGGAUGUCUUUUUGGAUGAUGUGCAGGAGGUGUGAAUCUUGGUUUGUAAUACAAUUAGAAUUAUAUUGUACAUUUUGAGAAUGUCAUGUGUUUUUUCUUUGUUAAAUUUCUUUAUUGUAAUAAGAAAAAGUUCAAUAAAAAAUAGAGCACAGUGAUGGAAA